UCCCGGAAGGACUCUUGGCUCCCACAGUGCUGUGCGCGGUCUUUUCCGGCCUGUACCCGGGCGGGCGUUGCUCAGAUGGCUCCUGCAAAGAAAGGUGGUGAGAAAAAGAAGGGACGCUCUGCCAUCAAUGAGGUGGUAACUAGAGAAUAUACCAUCAACAUUCACAAGCGGAUCCAUGGCGUGGGCUUCAAGAAACGAGCACCGCGUGCUCUUAAGGAGAUCCGCAAAUUUGCGAUGAAGGAAAUGGGUACUCCUGAUGUUCGCAUUGACACCAGGUUGAACAAAGCAGUCUGGGCUAAAGGAAUAAGGAAUGUUCCUUACCGUAUCCGUGUCCGUUUGUCCAGAAAGCGCAAUGAGGAUGAAGAUUCACCAAACAAGCUAUACACACUGGUUACCUAUGUACCAGUCACAACAUUCAAAGGUCUACAGACAGUCAAUGUGGAUGAAAAUUAAACUGAUUUGCAUUACAAUAAAAGGAUAAAAAGAAA